AGAAAGACAAAGCCCCGAUCCCCCUUCCUUUCCUUUCCUUGAUUAUUAUCUCUUCCUGUUCUGUUUAACAAAAUUCCCAAUAUCCGACUUGUUUCUCUCUCCUCUCACUAUAACGUACGAAGAGGAGAAGCUCACAACGUUCACGUUCUCUGUCUCAGUCCCCAACGACGACGCUCCUCUGUUGUUGUUCUUGUUCUUGAUUGAAAGCUAAGUCUCUCUCUGAUACACACACACACACAGACCCCAAGUGUGAAUGCCAAGACAGCCCCUGCAACAACAACAGCAACACGAUUAAAGUUUUCCUUAGAGACCCAGCAAAAUCACACGCUCUCAUCUCAUCAUCACCCCACUCCUAUUCAUUAUAUACAUUUCCCAAUUUUUGCCAUGGGUUUGUGUCUUGGCCCAAUGUCCCUGCGGUUUUAGGUCUACUACUCCUUGCUUGUUCUUUCGGAUCUUGAAACGCAAUGGCGCUCUUCAGAAAGUUCUUCUAUCGGAAGCCGCCUGAUGGCCUCUUAGAGAUUUCCGAAAGGGUUUAUGAUGAUUGCUAUUAAUUUCUCUCCACAUGCAGUUUUUGAUUGCUGUUUUAGCACGGACGUUUGGGAAGAUGAUGAGUAUAAAGUCUACAUAGGAGGCAUAGUGGGUCAACUCCGUGAACAGUUCCUUGAUGCUUCAUUCAUGGUCUUUAACUUUCGAGAAGGAGAAAACCAAAGCCUGAUUGCUAAUAUAUUGUCUGAGUAUGACAUGACAGUAAUGGACUACCCACGACACUAUGAAGGUUGCCCACUUCUCACAAUGGAGACAAUCCACCACUUCUUGAGAUCAAGUGAAAGCUGGCUAUCACUCGGUCACCAAAAUGUGCUCUUGAUGCAUUGUGAACGAGGUGGAUGGUUGGUUUUGGCCUUCAUGCUGGCUGCACUCUUGAUUUACCGGAAGCAGUACACUGGGGAGCACAAGACGUUAGACAUGAUCUACAAGCAAGCACCUCGAGAACUUCUGCAGUUAAUGUCACCGCUGAAUCCAAUGCCCUCACAGCUGAGGUAUCUUCAGUAUAUAACAAGAAGAAAUGUUGGAACGCAAUGGCCUCCACUAGAUAGGGCACUUACAUUGGACUGCAUAAUCAUUAGAUUAAUUCCUAAUUUGGAUGGAGAGGGUGGUUGCCGUCCAAUAUUUAGAAUAUAUGGACAGGAUCCUUUCAGGGCUGCUCAUCGGACUCCUAAAGUUUUGUUUUCUACUCCAAAAAGGAGCAAACUUGUACGAUAUUACAAGCAGGUAGAUUGUGAACUAGUUAAAAUUGAUAUCCACUGCCAUGUUCAAGGUGAUGUGGUUCUAGAGUGUAUUAGUUUGGAUCAUGAUCUGGAACGUGAAGAGAUGAUGUUUCGAAUUAUGUUCAAUACGGCCUUUAUAAGGUCCAAUAUUCUAAUGCUUAAUCGUGAUGAAAUAGACAUACUAUGGAAUGUUAAAGAUCAAUUUCCCAAGGAUUUCAGAGCAGAGGUUCUUUUCUCGGAGAUGGAUUCCGGUCCUUCUCUUAUAUCAAUUGAUUUGCCUGGUAUUGAGGAGAAAGAUGGCCUUCCAGUGGAAGCAUUUGCAAAAGUCCAAGAGAUCUUUAGCAGUGUAGAUUGGCUACAUCCAAAAACAGAUGUAGAGCUUAAUGUGCUCCAGCGGAUUGCAUCAUCAAAUGCUAUUCAGAAACUGGAUAGUGCUUCGGUCAAUACCACAGAGCCAACUGCUGAACAACUUAAAUCAGAAAAUAAUAUCAAGAGUCCCACCUCCGUGGCUCAGGGGAAACAUGGCAGUGCUUCUGCUUAUGCUACAGAAACAGGCAAGUUAUUGCCAGAGUCAAAACUUAAAUCAGGAAGUAAUAUCAAGAGUUCCACAUCCGUGGCUCAGGGGAAACAAGUCAGUGCUUCUACUGAUGCUCCAGAAACAGGCAGGUUCUUGGCAGAGUCAAUUCCUGCAAAACUUCAAUCAGAACCAAAGGAGCCAGAAAAUAAUAUCAAGAGUCCCACUCAUGUGGCUUUUCGGGAGCAAUCUAUGUCAAACUUUGAUCUGUCUGUAGAUGCCUAUUUAAGUAGAAAAAAGAUUGAACCCCAAGAACUGCAAGUAGCUCUCCAACGGCCUGCCCAAUCAAAAUUCAUAACUCAGCGAGUACAUAAAGCUUCACUAUCUGCACCAGUUUCAUAUUGUAGUUCCUUGCAAGGAUCACCAGUGCCUAUGUCGAGAUAUCAAAGUGCACCAUCAGCCCUUGGCAUUACAGCUCUGCUGCAUGAUCACGCUGCAUCAAGUAGUGAAGAACAAAUCACACAUCCUGUGACUGUAUCUCCACCUUCCCACUCUAGUACAGCUGCUGCUUUAACUGUACCUAAAUCUGUGCAGCCUGGUCAGCUGUCUAUUCCCAUGCCUCGACUACCGUCAUCAUCACAAUCACCAUUGCCAUUGUCAUUGCAAUCUUCAGGGAAUGCAACUGUAGCAAAGACUCCUGCUGUUAAUCCACCCUCUCCCCUGCCAGCAGCGGUUACCCAACAAACUUCAAAUGCACUCCAAGACUCUGAAAUUACAUUACAGGGUAGAGGUCAGUCAGUGUUAGUUCCCUCUUCCCCUCCUCCACCUCCUUCCCUUUCAGGGGCAUCUCCAUCAUCCUUUGUCAAGAGCUCAGUGUCAACUCCCCCUCCCCCUCCGCUGCCUCCGCCUCCACCCCCUUCUGUUUCAGAGGCAUCUCCAUGUCUCUCUGUCAAGAAUUUAAUUUCAUCUCCUCCCCCUGCCCCUUCCUUUCGAGGAAUAUCCUCCGUGAAGAACUCAGUUUCAGCCCCAAAUCCGCCUCCACCUCCAGCUCCUCCUUCCUUUCCAGGAACAUCAUCCUCUGUCAAGAACUCAGUUUCAGCCCCACCUCCCCCUCCGCCACCUCCUUUUUCAGGACGACCUUCAUCAUCCAUUGCCAAAACCUCCACUGCAGCUCCCCCUCCCCCUCCCCCUCCACCCCCUGGUUCUGCUUCUUCAGCUGCUUGUCCCACUUCUUCUGUGCUGCAAAUGGAGCCGUCAGCACCAGUCAUAUCUGGUCCCCCUCCACCACCUCCACCUCCUCUACGUUCAGGGCCUGCCUCAACUUCUGCUGCAACAUCUUCAGCACCACCACCACCCCCUCCUCCAGCAUUUGCAUCAAAGGAAUCCUUCUCCAAGAAUUAUGCACCUGUUCCACCCGUACCACCUCCUCCUCUUCCGAAUGGAGUAUUAAAAACUGCUGGUUCUGCCCCAACAUCUCCUUCGAGGGCUAGUAAUGUUAAUGUACCUUCAAUUCCCGGACCACCUUCUGGAGUUCUAUUUAGUGCAAAGGGACGGGGUCUAUCGCGUUCAAAUUCAAGAAAUCAGGCUCAACCUAAAAAGGCGAAUCUGAAGCCAUAUCAUUGGUUAAAAUUAACAAGAGCGAUGCAAGGGAGCUUAUGGGCAGAGGCUCAAAGGCCUGAUGAAGCAACCAAGGCUCCAGAGUUUGACAUGUCAGAACUUGAGAGUCUUUUUUCUGCAGCUACUCCAACUUCAGAUCAUGGAAAUUCAGGGGGGAAAUCUGGACGUCGAGCCACAGGACCUAAAUCUGAGAAAGUUCAGCUGAUUGAGCUAAGGCGGGCUUAUAACUGUGAAAUAAUGCUUACUAAAGUUAAAAUCCCCUUGCCUGAUUUGAUGAGUUCAGUGCUCACCUUGGAUGAGUCAGCAUUAGAUAUUGAUCAGGUUGAGAACCUCAUAAAGUUUUGUCCAACAAAAGAAGAGAUGGACUUACUCAAGGGUUAUAACGGAGAUAAGGAAAAUUUGGGAAAAUGUGAACAGUUUUUCCUAGAAUUAAUGAAAGUGCCACGGGUAGAACCCAAGCUCAGAGUUUUCGCAUUCAAAAUACAAUUCCAUUCCCAGGUUUCUGACCUUAGAAAGAAUUUAAACACCGUCAAUUCAGUAGCAGAUGAGAUCAGAAAUUCAGAAAAGCUGAAAAGGAUCAUGCAAACCAUUCUUUCUCUGGGUAAUGCCUUGAAUCAUGGAACUGCAAGAGGUUCUGCUAUUGGAUUUCGAUUGGAUAGCCUCCUAAAGCUCACUGAUACGCGAGCCCGGAAUAACAAGAUGACUCUCAUGCAUUACCUUUGUAAGGUACUUGUGGAAAAGCUGCCAGAACUUCUUGAUUUUCCUAAAGACCUUGUAAGUUUGGAGGCUUCAACAAAGAUACAAUUGAAAUAUCUGGCAGAGGAAAUGCAAGCCAUCAGCAAAGGCUUAGAGAAGGUUGUACAAGAGUUGACUGCCUCAGAAAAUGAUGGUCCAGUGUCAGAAACUUUUUGCAAGACGCUAAAGGAGUUUCUUGGUCAUGCUGAAGCUGAAGUGAGGUCCUUGGCUUUACUCUAUUCUAAUGUGGGAAGAAAUGCAGAUGCAUUGGCUCUUUAUUUUGGGGAAGAUCCUUCUCGUUGCCCAUUUGAGCAAGUUGUCUCUACUCUGCUCAACUUUGUGAGGAUGUUUGUCCGAGCUCAUGAGGAAAACUGUAAGCAGCUUGAAUUCGAGAGAAAGAAAGCCCUGAAGGAGGCAGAAAAUGAGAAGAUGAAAGCGGGAACUCUUUCAAGAAAGGAAUCGGGGCGCUUGAUACAGACUCCCAUUAAGAGUGCCAAUAUUAAAUCAUAAUGAAUUAUUUAACCACGUACUUUUGAGCAACAAAGCUGUUCUCACAUGGAUAUAUUUCUUCGAUCUAUGAAUGAAUCAUCUGACCAUCAGUUUUGAUGACGUGGAGUAGAAUGUCAUAUGAUUCAAAAGUAAUGUUGGUGGUAUGCAGAAAGGGGAGACGUCCACUGUAACAGAAGUUGAUUCCAGAGUUCAUGGAGCCUGUUCGAUGAGCCGCCAAUUGUGAGAUACAUUUGAGGAGUUGUAUAAAAAUGCCCAAUAGUUAGCUUACUAUCCUUUUUAUAUUAUUAGUUACAUAAUGAUUUUUCAUUUUCAGAUAUAGGAAUGUAAAUCUUGAUAUGAGAUGAUAGUAGAGGGAAAUAUAUUAUAAAAUCAACCAGUUAUUUGAGGAUUA